AUUUGUGUUUCCGACAACAAAAUUCCCUCCGUGCCGUCGAAAGCUUUUUAACGAUACUUUCACUCGACUUGACGAAGAAAUUCAAAAUUAACAAAAUUUAAAAGACAGGUUAUGCGCGCGCCGUCAGUGUUAUGUCAGCAGCAUAUCGGUGUUUGUUGUUAUGAUAAUCAUCAGCUCGCAAGCAGUUCAUUUUAAUCCUAUGCAACUAGAAGUGCGCAAUUCUCUAAAACUUUAAAUAAAAUGAUUCGGAUUAGUCAGUUACGUGUGUUGUUACGUGCGUUUCCGGUGUGCGCCACAGAAUGUGCAGCGCAACUGGCGCCAACUGCAGCAGUUAUUGCACCAAAGCUGCUGCAACCAUCCAUCGUCGCUUAUCAACAACAGCAAAUUCGCUGUAAGCACAACAAAGACCGGAAAAAGGAAAACAAAGGCACUGCCAAGGUUCACAUCAAUGAGGACCAGCUGGCCGAGGUAAUCGACAUCGGCAGUCUUCGGGGUCAUAUGGAGAAAAUGCUAGAAACCAUGAAGGAAGAUUACAUCAAGAACCUAUCGCUUCGAUCGGCUACCGGCGCAAUCGAAACCCUCAAAGUGUCAUACGAGGGAAAGGAUUACCAGCUACAGGAACUGGCCCAGGUCGUUAGAAAGAAUCCCAAAACCGUGGUGGUCAAUCUGGUGUCCUUUCCGCAAACGAUUCCAGCCGUGUUGCAGGCGAUUCAGAAAAGCGGCAUGAACCUAAACCCUCAGCAGGACGGCACGACACUUUUUAUUCCGGUACCGAAAGUGACCCGUGAGCACCGAGAAGGAUUGGCCAAAAAUGCUAAGACCCUGUUUGUCAAAUGCCGGGACGCCAUCAAGGACGUCCAGAACAAAACGAUCAAACAGGUAAAAAAGCAGGCGAAUAUAUCGGAGGAUUUGAGCUUCCAAGUGCAGACGCAGGUGACGGCCAUUGCCAAUGGAUACAUCAAGGAGGCAGAGAAGAUGCUGGAAACCAAGCAGGCCGAACUGUUAGGCGAUAAGUAGGCGGUGUGAGGGAAGGUGUUGACGAUGAUGUGUUCGAAAUAAAGUUAAGACUAGAACGAAAGAUAUUGCAAUUAAAAAGUUA